AUGGCUAAAGUUUUCACAGCUUUUCCUACUGCUAUCUUUAAUGAGAAUGCUCGAAUUUCGAUGCUGUCUGGUGACAACUUUACUGAAUGGAAGGAGAAAGUCCUUCUCACUUUAGGGUGCUCGGAUUUCGAUUUGGCAAUCCGUGUGGAAGAACCACCUAAACCCACGGAAUCAAGUACGCCAGAUGUUAAGGCUUAUUAUGAGCGGUGGGAACGAUCUAAUCGCUUGAUCUUGAUGCUCAUAAAGGCUCAUAUAAGCCAAAGCAUUAGGGGUUCCAUCCCUAAUAGCGAUAAGGUCAAAGCUUAUAUGAAGGUCGUUUCUGGUCAUAACUAUGACAAGAGACAUGAUGUUUCCAAUUUGAGUAUUAUCAAUGUUGAUGGUGGGGAUCGUGUGCAUUAG